AUGGCACUGGCAUUAGGAUUUGUCGACGCGAUUGGAAUCUUCGGUACAGUGCUCACUACCAUUGGUUUUGCUCAGUCGAACUGGCCGAGUCCUAGUGAGCAAAAGGGCGCGGUCAUUCGUGUGAAAGUUGGUCUUCAAAACACAAGUGACCAGGAUUACGGUGGUCGGCUUGCCAAAAUACAAGGCUUCGACACUCACAACUCCAUGAUCGGGGAAGCCACCCCCGAGGAGGACAUUGUUAGUGGCGACUUCGCAGACUACACUCUAGAACAAUCUAGUGGCGGUACACAGGCACAAUACAUUACACUUGUUGGAACCAAUGGAGGCAUGUGCAUCUCCUGGAUCACUCUGAAGAACCUCGACGGCGCCUUCGAUUCCGCCUGGACCGGCGAUAUUGGGAAAAGCUGCGGUCGUUCAUGGAACUUCGGUGAUCAAGUGGCGGGCCGGGAUCCUAACGGCAACCCGUACAAGCCAUCUUGUACAUGGAUUGAUGCAGAUCACACUGACAACAUUAACACUGGGGCGAUGAAGAUCGACUUCGCUGCGUACGGCGCGCAGUUGAAUGACACCAUCAAUAACAACAAGACUUGCACGAAGACCAUCUACUCUUUCGACGCGAAUAAGAUCGACGAUGUGCCAAGCCAGAAGAAGAGACGCUCCAACAUUGGCAGAGACCGCGCCGAGUGGAUGAACGACAUCAUCCAAAUUUCCGAUUUCCCAGCUGACAAUGCGACUGAGCUCUGUCUAUCUGAGACAAGCUACGGUACUGAUGCGAUUGGGUCCGACGGGUUCUACUGCAACAUGCGUACUCGAGAACUCAUUCCCACGUGUAAAUUGAAACAGGUGGAGGGAUGUAUCGAAGUCGAUGAGGAGAACAAAGUCAUCACCAAGAACACUACAGUUGCUAAACGCAGCGUUAAGCAAGCCUACAAUACCUACAAGCAAAUGCGUCAUUUCUCUACCAGUAAGGCCACUUAA